UGAUACAGGAACAAACACAUAAGCAUCCCAAGAACACACAGCUUCCUAGCUCAUCUACGUAUAGAUUAGUCCGCGAGUUCAAUUUGCAGGGGCAUCCAGAGACAGACAUGGCGUCGGCUCCAGCUCGAGCUAUUGCGGUGGUGGCUCUCAUGUUCGCGUGCUCUGGGUUGGCCAUGGCCGCGGACAAAGCGCCGACAUGGCUGAGGGCGCAUGCCACUUUCUACGGCGGCGCUGAUGCCUCUGACACCAUGGGUGGGGCGUGUGGGUACGGCAACCUGUACUCGGCGGGCUACGGCACGCGGACGGCGGCGCUGAGCCAGGCGCUCUUUAAAGACGGCGCGGCGUGCGGGCAGUGCUACAAGAUUGCUUGUGAUCGCAAACUUGCGGAUCCAAUGUUCUGCAAACCUGGCGUCACCGUGACAAUCACGGCCACGAACCUCUGCCCGCCUAACUAUGCGCUCCCGAGCAACAACGGAGGCUGGUGCAACGCGCCGAGGCCGCACUUCGACAUGGCACAGCCUGCCUGGGAGAAGAUUGGUGUCUACAAGGGUGGCAUCAUCCCUGUCAUGUACCAGAGGGUUCCAUGCGUGAAGAAGGGUGGUGUGCGGUUCAAGAUCGCUGGUCAUGAUUAUUUUAACCUAGUUAACGUGUUCAACGUCGCAGCGGAUGGCUCGAUCAAAUCGAUGGAUGUCAAGAGCUCUGAUUCAGACACAUGGACGCCAAUGGCUCGUAACUGGGGCGCGAACUGGCAAUCUCUAGCUAAUCUUACUGGGAAGAUGCUCUCAUUCAGAUUGACCAGCACAAAUGGGCAGACGCUUGUGUUCAACAAUAUUGUGCCAGCUGGAUGGACAUUUGGGCAAACAUUUGCGAGCAAAUUACAGUUUUAGUUGAACACUCUCAACAGAACAAUCUAGUGAUGGUUGAUUUUUUUCAGAUUAAAUUUAUUUAUUUCUGGUGUGGUGCUUA